AGAUAUAUCAUUGUGGUGGAACAUGAUCUAAGUGUAUUGGACUAUCUGUCCGACUUCAUCUGCUGUUUAUAUGGUGUACCAAGCGCCUAUGGAGUUGUCACUAUGCCUUUUAGUGUAAGAGAAGGCAUAAACAUUUUUUUGGAUGGCUACGUUCCAACAGAAAACUUGAGAUUCAGAGAUGCAUCGCUUGUUUUUAAAGUGGCUGAGACAGCAAAUGAAGAAGAAGUUAAAAAGAUGUGUAUGUAUAAAUAUCCAGGAAUGAAGAAAAAAAUGGGAGAGUUUGAGCUAGCGAUUGUAGCUGGAGAGUUUACAGAUUCUGAAAUUAUGGUGAUGCUGGGGGAAAAUGGAACGGGUAAAACGACAUUUAUCAGAAUGCUCUGGAAGACUUAAACCUGAUGAAGGAGGAGAAGUACCAGUUCUAAAUGUCAGUUAUAAGCCACAGAAAAUUAGUCCCAAAUCAACUGGAAGUGUUCGCCAGUUACUACAUGAAAAGAUAAGAGAUGCUUAUACUCAUCCACAAUUUGUGACAGAUGUAAUGAAGCCUUUGCAAAUUGAAAACAUCAUCGAUCAAGAGGUGCAGACAUUAUCUGGUGGUGAACUACAGAGAGUAGCUUUAGCCCUUUGUUUGGGCAAACCUGCUGAUGUCUAUUUAAUUGAUGAACCAUCUGCAUAUUUGGAUUCUGAGCAAAGACUGAUGGCAGCUCGAGUUGUCAAACGUUUCAUACUCCAUGCAAAAAAAACAGCCUUUGUUGUGGAACAUGACUUCAUCAUGGCCACCUAUCUAGCGGACCGUGUCAUCGUUUUUGAUGGUGUUCCAUCUAAGAACACAGUUGCAAACAGUCCUCAAACCCUUUUGGCUGGCAUGAAUAAAUUUUUGUCUCAGCUUGAAAUUACUUUCAGAAGAGAUCCAAACAACUAUAGGCCACGAAUAAACAAACUUAAUUCAAUUAAGGAUGUAGAACAAAAGAAGAGUGGAAACUACUUUUUCCUGGAUGAUUAGACUGACUCUGAGGAUAUUGAUUAAGCCACUUAUUAAAAGGAAUAUUUGCUAGAAUUUUUGUCAUGUAAAACUUGAAUCAGGAUUUUAUGCCCCACAUACUCUGGAACUUGAAGUAUAAUUUACUUAAUAUAACAUAAAAAGCCAGUUGGGUUCUAAAUUGUAGUUGAAACACAGAAAAUGCCACUUUUCUGUUCCUGAUGAGGCCCUUUUGUGCAUAAUGUUCUAAAAUGAAGACAUUUCAAGCUAUACAAAUUACCUCCAAGUGUUCAUGAUGUAUGGGAAGAUUUUCAGUAGGUGUAUUAUAUUCACGUACCAAAUGCUGACCAGUGUUGCUCCAUUUUUUAAAUCUUGAAAAGGGUUUCUGUACUUACCUGGUUUGCCAAGUAUGCCAGUGUGAUGAAACUGCCCUUGUUUUAAAAGCUGGUCAAAGAUUCCACUGAUUGACAUUUGAUAAAUAAACAUCAGGAUUAUGUUUAUUAUUUGUUUUCAGUCUUUGCACUAUCAGUAUGUGGUUUCUGAGGAAGAUUAUCUACUACAAAACACCACUGUAAAAAUAGGUAUUUUUUAAUUGUGUUUAAUCUUUUUGGUGCUUUUAAACACGUUUAGCAAAAACCAGUUCAGUUCCCUUCCCCCCCAAAAACCCCUAACUUUACUCUGAAUUUUUGUUUUUGCAUUCCAUAAGGUUCUGUAUUCAGUCAUUCUCUAGGUAAUGUCAUUUUUAUACACAUAUAUUUAUAUAACCACUGAUGGAGAUUUAGGAAAAAGCAUUUCUAAAGAAUAUUUGCUUCCCUUACAACUACAGACUCGAAAUCUUUAAAGAUGGUGCCUAAGCAUCUAUGUAUUUUUUUUAAGUUCCUCAGAUUUUUCUGGUGGGCAGCCCAGGAUUAUAAACCAUGUCUCUAAAGGCAACAUUAAUGCAAAAGUCCCCAGAUAGCAAUACAAAGUAUCCCUUGGUACCACAUAUAUUCAUUUCUGAGUUUGGAUAUAGAGCACAUUAUCUAAACCAUUUUUUAGUUCCAAAAGCCUAUCUAAAUUUCUUGAGUUCCUGCAUUUUGAACAAGAUUGCCUGGAGCCUGGAGCCACUUUAAGUUGUACUUCUGACUAAACUGGAAUUAUGAGUGAGGAAGAGUGUUUACUAAAUAAAUGACUGGGGCAAGCAAAAUUGAGGGGAAAUUAGAAAGUACUUGACAAACUUUAAGAGCUACUUGAAAUAAUGGAAGUCUUGAUUAAUAUGCAAAUAAUGGCUAGAAAGUAUGGUUUAACUGGACCCCAUUAUGCCUUUUAAAAAAUAAUUUCAGUAACCCAUAAAUACAUGUUGUAAAAAAUUCAGAUACACAGAAUGGAAUAAAAAAAUGAUCUCCCUUUAUUACCCUCACAAAGGUUACCAGCGUUUGAAUUUAAUAAUGUAUAUUCUUUCAUGCCUUUUUCUGUGCACUUACCUAAGUGUGUAUAUGUAAAGGGUUUGUUUUGUACACAAAUGGGAUUAUACUAAAAUAAUGCCUAUUUUUAAGGAUAGGUUAAAUUUGUGAAUUAUUAUUUCAAAUAUAUUGAAUAAAAUAAGCAAAAGCUAUUGUUAUUUACUGA